UUCAGCUGCACCUUUAAUGUCCCGGAUGUAGCACACCGUCCAAUUAGCGUGGAGGUGGAUCUCCGAGCAGACAGACUACUGCUGUUCACGCCCAAGUUGAGCUCUCACCACCCGGUCACAUCCACAGUGACAAAGGCUCCUCCGAAAAAGACUCGCUGGAACAAUUUGGACCGUUAAGUUAACAAAUAUAUCAAUAAAUAACCCACAGUCACUCCAAAUGCUUUGGGUGGGACAACGGGAAUGCCAAUGAUACAAGUGACCAUUCCAUCCACCGAGAGGGAAGAGGACGACGUGGGGAAGUCCAAAAAGCUCUUCCGAGUUGAAGUGCUGUUCAAUGAGAGGAAACAUUUUGUGCUGAGGAGGAGCAGCGAAUUCCAGACUCUGCACAGAAAACUCAGAAAGAUCAUCCAGACUCCUGAUUUCCCGAGUAAAAGGAAUCCUCAUUUGAGGACCAAACCUCUGGAGCAGAGGAGGCAGGAGCUGGAGGAUUACAUACAGGAGAUCAUCUAUCAGUAUGAGGAUGUGCCGCAGGAGCUGCUGGACUUCCUCCAUGUCAAACAUUAUCACACGGGACACAAGAUCAGCAGCAUGGAAUCACUUGAUGACCUGGACAAUCAGGAUUACAGUUUUCAGUUCCCACAUCAGCGAGUGAUGGGAUUCUUCCGGGAUCCGUAUGUGUCUGACUAUAGAUCAGGUCUGCCUGAUGUUGUCCUGGCAGGAGUCCUUCAGGGCUUCUACCGGAGGGACAUCCGCGUCAGCUUCACGGCCCCCAGCAAGUCUGACACAAAAGCCCUCGAAUGAGUGGGGAAAAAAUGAAAGGCCAUCAAAAUGCAUUGACAGAAGAAUUCAAUGGUUUUACCGCAUAAGUGACUUUUUAGAGGGUCCUUUUAAAAUGUCUUACAAACUUCCACAAGGGGCCAAAUGCAUCCUAUCUUGGAUCAGCAUCACAGCCUUUUAUGUAGCGUAGUGUCUUGUUCAGUAAGAUACGCGUUUGCUUCAGGAUGUCAGAAUUAUUGAUGUAGUUUGCUUUCACUGAGGCUGACUCCUGUUUUUGUGUGUAUUUGUUCUUCAACGUCUCUUGUCAAAUGAUUAUGAUGCGGUAGCUAAUAAAGAAACAGAUUGUGUUUGA